UUCCGAUAAGAAUCAUUCUCCUGACACGGACGAUUUCAAGAAUUCCUACAAUUCCUUAACUUUAACUCUAACUCUUAACAACCACAUUCUUAAUUUUCACGCCCAUACUCACCAAUCACAAAAGUAAACACUAUCUGUUUUUGUUUUUUGUUUUUUUGUUUUUCCCCUGUUUUAAUUAUUAGUAGUAAUAUUUAUUUUUAUAUAUAUAUAUUUAAAAAUAAAAUAUUAAUCCCCUCAAAACCUGGGGGGAUUGUUCUUAUCUUAUCAAUCCAAUCAAAUUAUUACUCUCUCGCAGAUCUAUGAUCUGUCCCCAUCCAAUUCAAUCAAAAUAUUAUCUCAUUCAUUUUUUGUAUAGUAUUCGUUCUGAAACCAUAAUUUUCUGUCAUUUUCUCGGCAAAAUUUUGCGCUUUUUUUCCUCUCUCUCUAAGUGACGGUCUUCUUGGUUCUAAUGGUUUCAGAUUUAUGAUUUUCUCUAUUCUCCGAUUUCUUCGUUGAAAGCAUAAGCUGCACAUGAGCGUUGACCCUGUCUCUGCAUUGGAAAGGAAAAAAAAAUUAAUUAAAGCCAGAACCAUCUCUAAAUUUUGAAUCUUUUGAUACAGGGUCUGUAAAAUCUUGAUUUUCAUGCAAUUGGGUGAAUUGGGUUUCUCUUUUUUGGUGAAAGGUGAAUUGGGUUUCUGAUGAAUUACGAAUAUCCAGCGAAUUUUCGAUCAAAGACUGGUCCUUUGCUCUAUUUUCAUCGGAGCUAAUUGGCAAAGAAUUUGGGUUCACAGUUUGAGGAUAGUGUUAACUUUUUGAUGGAAACGGAUGCUACAGAUGUUAAUGGUUGCAAAAGUGAGGUUCCGUGUACUGUAGAAUCUCCAAAGGUUGAGGAUCAACAUGUUAAUGGAGAGGAGGAUAGUGAGUCUAAUUCAUUAUUGCCGCCUCGGCGAGAUGAGAUGUUGAGGAAGUCGGAGAAGACGAGGCGAAAAGUGCAGUGGAAUGAUAAGAAUGGGAAAAAGCUCGCUGAGGUUUUGGAAUUCGAUCCGAGUGAUGCAAGUGACUCUGAUGACGAGGAUUCAGAUUCUUGCAUCUGUACCAUAAUGUAGAUAUCAUUCGGUACACCCUGUUUCAGAAAAUAUCUGCUGGCUAAAUUAAUGAGGCAUUCUCUCCAACAUUUGACGAUUAUAGUAGAAAUUGGCCUCCUCUCAUCUUCUUGUUGUAAAGAUGGACCAAGGGUCGAAAACCAGUCUUAUGUUUGGCAUGAUUUGUGUGCUAUUCAUUAUAAGUGAAGUCUAACCAUUUCUUAGGUGAGAUUUUGAUGAGUUUCUUAAGGGCGUAUUCAGAGAAUGGAUCUCCUUCCCAUGAUAGAAUCAGAUGAGGAUGAUGGCAAUAUUGCUUCCAUGAUUUGUAACAUAUUCAAUAGAAUUGGGCUUUUCGAUGCUUUGCCACGUACAUUGAAAUGUAUUGUAGAAUAUACAUCCAAAUGAAUAUUUAGGAUUUAAUGAAGCAGCAGGAACCUCAAUUCCAUUUGCUUCGGUUUUUCCA